CAGAAAAAAAGACACAUUACCUCACAGGAGUACACCAUCAAGUGUUUGGAAUUCAAAGAGCACUUUUCUUCUCCACUUUCAAAUCGAAACCACAAAGGAAUGGCCUCUCACGUAGAGAAAUCCCAAAAGUUCCGUAUCGAGGCACUCCUCGCUCACGAUGUGGACCGGAGGCCGGACGGCGACGAGGCGAGCUACGCCGGGAGGCUCUCCCCUCGGCCUCCCAGCGCCCCACUGCAGGCCCAGCCGGGGAUGACGCCGAACGCCCCCGUCUACGACUUCUCCCAAGCGGGAUUCGCCGCGAUGCACGCCGGCGGGUUCUUCGGAAUGCACCCGAGGUCCGUGUACCCGCUGCCGCCUGCAUUUAUGUGUCCCGGCUUUCCGCAGCUGGUCCAGCCGUACCCGGGCCACCCGAAAGGGGGCAGCGUGGCCGAUGUGCACCCGCUGGAGCCCUGGAUCAGAGCCGGGAUGAUGUUCCCCAGGCUUGCAGAGUAUGGAGCAGCACCAGCCCAAGCGGGUUUAUUGGGGAAGUGUCGGAAGCCCAGGACAGCGUUCACCAGCCAGCAGCUGUUGGAACUCGAAAACCAGUUCAAGCUCAACAAGUACCUGUCCAGACCCAAACGCUUCGAGGUGGCCACAUCACUCAUGCUCACAGAGACCCAGGUUAAGAUCUGGUUCCAGAACCGGCGAAUGAAGUGGAAGAGAAGCCGUAAAGCGAAGGAGCAAGCCAACCCGGCGUCCCCGCUGAGUGACGGUGAAAGGGCGGACAGUGUCCAGCUCCAAGCAGACUCUCCCACAUCCAGCCUGGAGGAUGAAGAUGAGCUAGAAGGCGAUGAAGAGGACAAGGAGCCAAGUGCACUGCCGGGUUCUCUAUGCUCCCUCUUGAGGCGCGCUGGAGAAGUCACGGGGAAUUAUAGCUCUUAUUUACAAGAGGAGCCGGAGGAGGGAAGUUCAAGAAGUGGGGUUUUCCCAUAGUUAUAAAAUGUGCUUUUAUUGUUUGUGUUUGUAUAUUGCUCUGGAGAGGACAAUGCACAAUGGAAGCAGGUGCACAAAAUAUAUUAUUUAUGACAAUCCAGUCAUGGAAAUGUUAUGUCAAACCGCAAUGAUACAUUACAAACAACUUUUAAUGCUUGAAUGGCCUGUAGUGAUUCUUACUCAUUAUGUCAGAAUCCGUAAACUUCUCUGACCUGGAGGGAAUUCAUGAAAUUAUAUAUACAACCCCAAUUCCAAUGAAGUUGGGAUGUUGUGUUAAACAUAA